CAUCGCACGUCUGUCUCUUUCUCACAAUCUUCAGGGCCUUCCUGAUCUUCCAUUCCGUCUGCGAGAUUGAGCGAAGUGCGCUGAGCCACUGAGCCACAGGGGCAGUCUUAAUUUCAAAGUGGGGUGGUCUUCGUCACCCUUCCUCCACUCCCCCCUCCUCGUCAAACAAACAAAGCAUCUCGAUGAGUGAGUCGGCUACGACGCCGCUCCUGGGGGGCAGGAACAGCGGCAGCAGCGGAGGCGGCGAAGAUGAUGUUGGGAGGAGCGGCCCAACGCUCUCGGUCAUUGCGAGGAUGCUCGGUGCCCUCUCUGCGGGCAGGCUACCUUCGAAUGACCAGCUGUAUGCGCUUCUCCAUCGAGGUGCUGGCUUCCUCGAUGGUCUCGGAGACGCCGUCCCACGCAACGUUGAUGCAGAGCGCUAUACGGACCGAGCGGCGGACAGCGCGGAAGAAGGUAUGGUGGGAGACGAUACGUCGAUGCACCUCGCAACGAUGCUCAAAGAAACUGCGGCCCUGGCCCGCCAGUUCGCUCGAUGGAUUCACGGCCAGGCGGCCGAAGGUGACUCAACGUCGGCGCCAGCGGGCAAUGCCAACGAGCAGAUUCAGCGCUUCGUGUGGCACUUUGGUCGUCUGCUUGGCUCGAGGCCCGUCGAUGUCGAUGUCGAUGCCGACAUUCAGGGUGGGCUCAAGGACGCAGCCGAGGCUGCAAAGGACGCGGCCAAGCAGGCAAAAGAGGACGCGGUCGGCGGGACAAGGGCCCUGGUACAGAUUGUCAGCCUCGUCAUUGGAAGUGAUGAAUUGCGACGACUGCCGUCCGACGUGGUCCGUUACCUUCGAACUUCGCUUGCGGAGGGUGCAGAGCAGGUAGAGACGCGCGCAGCCGAUGUCAAAGAGGCCCUCAAAGGACCAACGGGAGAGGGCGGCGGUGAGGUCAAGGAUGAGCAAGAGAAGGAUUUUGCCGCCCCUGCAGACGCUAUUGUCGAAGCUCGACAGGGAGCUGAGAAUGCCGCCGGGGCAGCACUGCAAUUGGGCCAAGCAGAGGCCAAAUCCAAGUCGAAAGAGGACAGGGCCUUUGAAUGGAGAGAUGAGGUGGUCGGACGCAUCGCUAGGCUCAUCGAGGCGUUGCAAUCCGACCCUGGGUACGCCAACGCAGUCUCGACACUGCUCGAUAUUUCUCAGCGGUACGCCGAAAUCAUCGACGAGGCCACGGAAGAGGUCAAAUCUGCUGUCGAACAGACUCGGCCGCAAGAGACUGCCAACGGCGAGAGCGACACGAUGGAGCACGCCAAGAGCCUCGGCGAGCACGGUCUCGAUGAAGCGCAGGGCGCUGUCGAAGCCACACUGUCGUCGACAAAGGUAGACGGCCACGUUUCCGUGCGUGCUUCGCACCAUGUUGUCGAAGCCGGUCGUGCUGCGAGGGAGGUCGUUGAAGGCCUCGCUGGCGGCAAGAGCAUGGGUCCGAUCCUCGACGCCGCACGGACCCUGCGCGACACGGCCUACGAGGACGGAGCACUGCGACAAUGGCUCGAUGACGUCGGAAGCUUUGCCCAGAGGACCGUCGCUGCAGCAGUGGAUGCCCACAAACAGGAUGGCGACGAUCAAGACGAUACUAAGAAGGCCGCUAAUUCGUCUUCGUCAUUGCAGAUCAAGCCGGAAGAAGCGCAAAAGGAGCUUCACUCGCUCGUCGCGCGCUUCGAAGACCUCGUCUCGACGAGGCCUGCGCUUCUGCAAGCGAUGGACGAGCUCAAGAGGCAAACGGCUGACAUGAUCGACGCUGUGCUCUCUGACGUGGCCAUCGGUCGACUUCGAGCGCGCUUUGCCCGCGUCUCGAGCCUCGCAAGACAAACGUUCGCCGAGGGCGUAAGAGAUGCCUACCAGACCGGCUCUCACUUGACCUCUCUCUUGCUCAAAGCCCUCCUUCCGAGUCUCGGCGAUAUCCUCGGAUCGGUUCCCAUGCCUCGAGUGGAGUUUGCCUCGGACAGCGUGGAUGCCGUUGUCGAGGACGUCUUUGUGCCUCUCGUUCAGCUCGUUCCAGACACCACACUUCCUCCACGACUGCCAUCAACAACGUCGACACUACGUGGAAGGUGCAUGUAGGAGGCCUACAGCUCGCCCUGAGCGAUAUUUCGUUUUUUGUCGAAGAAAAGGCCACAGCCCCUGAUCCAGACUCGUGCGGUGGCUGCUGCGGCUGCUAUGUGCGCAGAGACACCGAAGCGGCUUCCUCGACGUCGUGCUUGUGCCAAGGCCCUGCGAGUUGGU